ACUCAUCUGAAAAGUUUUGAAGACUUCUAUUUUGGAGUUAUCCUAUAUACCGGAUUUGUAUGUUUAAAUGUUGUUUCCCUCUGUGCAGGUUUCACAGCCAUCACGGCCACUAACCCCAUCUGGCUCAUUAAGACUCGACUGCAGCUCGAUGCAAGGAACCGUGGCGAGCGGCGUAUGAACGCGUUCGAGUGUGUGCGUCGCGUGUACCAGGCGGACGGCCUGAGGGGCUUCUACAGGGGCAUGUCUGCGUCGUACGCGGGCAUCUCAGAGACUGUGAUCCACUUUGUGAUCUACGAGAGCAUCAAGAGGAAGCUGCUGGAGGCCAAAGCUCAGCCCAUGGACGAAGACGAGGACGCCUCCAAAGACGCCUCCGACUUUGUGGGAAUGAUGCUCGCCGCGGCAACUUCCAAAACCUGUGCCACCACCUUAGCUUAUCCUCACGAAGUGAUCCGGACGAGGCUACGCGAGGAGGGCACCAAGUAUCGCUCCUUCUUCCAGACUCUAACCACAGUCCCCAAAGAGGAGGGCUAUAGGGCGCUGUACCGAGGCCUCACCACCCACCUGGUCCGACAGAUCCCCAACACCGCCAUCAUGAUGUGCACCUACGAGUUCGUGGUCUAUCUCCUCAACGGAUAAAACGUCUUCCCUUUUAGACUGUGUGUUACCUCCCCUCCGUACGACGUGGAAGAGACUAACGGGCUACUGCACCCAGCUUUAAGACUGACCCCUCUAUUACAUGAAGACGCACAUGAAAACUGUUAAUGAAUGGUUGGGAGAAUUCUGUGUUUUAAAGUGAUACAGAGGGUUAUGUGUUGUGGGUGAAUGCGACAACAGGAAAUCUACCGUGUUCAAGUCUAUUUUUGUUCCACCUUUGGCUUACAAUACUUACAAAGGUUGUGUUUGAAAUUCCUAUAUUUUACAGUAGAGCUGGUGGACAGGCUGGAAUUCUGUGGUGAAAUUUACUGUUUCACUGUCUGUUUGCAGAUUUGUUGACCUGGUUUCUGGUUAAUAUCUGCGAAAUGAUAAGUUUGGAUAUUUAUUUCAAUAGCAGUAAAUCUCCCAUAGAGUUAUAUAGGCCCGUGACGUCAAACUGUACAACUUGAACGCAACCGUGUCUAAAGUGAAGUAUAGAAAGUACAAUAAUUUGUUCUCUGCGUUUGACCCAUAUUUCAAUGCCGCCGGUCUGGGGUUUCAGACUGUCAGGAGCAGUGGGCGACUGCAGUGCAGCGCCCAGGAACCCUUGAGCAAGGAACUUUUUUGGUCAGAAGUACCUAGUUGGAGGUUUGCAUUCAAGUAGAUGCUACAAUGCAGUAUGUAUAUUUACCCUAACAGAACUAACAAGGCUGAAUAAAUGACACAUCCUGGCCUUAAACUGCUAAAUAAACUAUUGAAAUUACUGGCUUUUCCUUUCAAGGUCAACUUUUUUGAUGGAGGUUUCAUGGGGUUGCUUUUGUUUUGCCUUGAAUGUUUCACUGUAUGUCAUUAAACUUACGUAUCUUACACUUAUUCAAUUACAGAAAAUUACAAAAAAACUUGAAAAACAUGCUUUCUUACUUACCAAAUCUGUAAUUGAAAUUGAACUUUUUGGCAUUUCGCUUGUCUCCGCGAAGAUAAAACUUUAAUGCCAUAUUGUGAAACAUUCCAUAGAGUCUAACGCACAGACCCUCUACCAAAAAAGUUCCGUGUUGCACCUUUUAGCUAUAGUUUUGAAUAUUCUGCUUAAGCUCGCCUAUUCCUCUUGCAUGCAGAAGUCCAGGUUUUCAAGAAGACUGUGACGUUAAAACAAAGCUUGAAAGAUGUGCCUUCAGUUUAGAUUACAGAGAUAUAAUGUUGGAAGUGUCUAGGCGAAGCCAUUGGGUAUCUAUGUUGUAGUUAGAAUAUUUUGCUAUUGUUGUACACUGGUGUAAUGGUGCUUGAGCUCAUACACUGCACAAAAUGAAAACCUCUAAAAGUUCAAAUGGCUGAAAUUCUAAAUAUUGAUCUAGACUUUAAGAGGGGGUAUCAUGCAAUUUUUUUCUUUUUGCUUUCUACCAUGUUAUAGAACGUCCAUUCAUCAAAACAAGCUUGAAGAGGUUUUAGUUUUACAUGUUUCAGUAAUUUAGUGAUCUCUCCAAGGCACUAGUCAAACCCUAUUUACGGUUAGCUGUAAGAUUCUGUCCAAUCCAGUUCCACAAUUUUAUGUCACCCCUGCUCCCAUGCGACAAUUCUCCAUAAAUAUACAAAAACAUGACACAAAACUGCAUACAACAACUUGACAAACCCGAUCCAUUGUGCAGUAGUUUCAUGAGCAGGAUGCACGCCGAUUGUGCUGUGAUAACGCUCUGAAGGGGUUCUGACUUAAACUUGUGUUAUUUUUGGCGAAUUUUCAAAAGGGUAAAAUGGUGAUAGAAGUCAAAAAAGUGUAAUAUCCCCUCUUUAACUAGACUCGAUUUCUGAAUUUACUGGUAUUUCCUGAGUAUUUGACUUGUUUUAAGAUAUCCUGGUUUAAAUGCAUUUUUCUUAUCACACAUUUUAUCCUAUUGGUUGAAAGCCAUGUAUUUAUAAUGUAAUUAACCCCACUCAUAAUUUCUUACAGAAACAAGCCAAAUAAAGUAAAUAAUGUCAAAACUAUGCUCAAAACUACUAAAGCCAAUUGAAAUGUAUUGAAUUUCUGUCAUUUUAACCAAUGUAAGUGUCAUUUUUUGCAGUGUAGAAAUGCCGUAGCCUAUUGUAAACAUAUAUUCCUCUAAAGAGUCCCUACCCACAGACCUGUUAAGCAAAAAGACAGUAAAUACAUAGAUUUGGCUCAGACUACUGCAAUAUUAAAAGAGCCAAUUGUGAAAUGAAAAGCGCAAUGCAUAUAAAAAAAAAAGAUACCUACAUUUUAAUAUAAAUAUUUUCUAUAAAGAUGUGUGAGUCCAUGUGUUUUUGACUUUUUUUGUUUUAACCUGGUUGUUUUGCAAACUUCAAAAUCAUCAGAGUUUGAGUUUUUUUAAUUGUGAAUUUCACCAAUGAGCAAUACAGGAUUUAAGAGAAAGAAUAAAAAAAAAAAAAAAAAGAGAGACCAAACCAAAACCUGCCCACCGAGCUUAUAUCAGGACUAAACGGGCCUAAACCGUAACUAAACCAGGAUCCUGAGUCCUCAACUGAACCAGGACUAAAUAAUGGUCCUGAUUUGAGACUACACUGGAACUAAUAUGGGACCAAUUCAGGAAUAAAACUGGUCUGUUUUUAAAGAUGCAACGUGUAGCUUUUCUGGUUCGGAGUUUACGAUCUGCUGUCGCCACGGAGAUGUCAUUGCUUUUUACAGUAUGGCAUUAAAUGUAUCUGUCAAAUGUGUUAAAUUGUAAGUGAUUUAGAGUAGAGUCGCUUCUCCAAAGAUCUGACUUGUAACUUGAUCUAGUAUCGUCACCUGUUUAUAUUUUAAUGCCAUACUUUGGAACAUUUGACACUUACUAUGUAUCUUUAUGGACACAAGCGACACAGGUCUACCCUCUACCAAAAAAGUUACAUAGUACAGCUUUAAUAUUUAAACUAAACCUUAUCGGCAAACUGGUUGUUCGUGUCCCUCAGUUUGAGAACCACAGCUGUUUAACACUUGUUUUAUGUUUUGACGUUUCUGGGUGCAUUUUUGUUUUCCGUUUUUUGUUUUUGUUUUGAAUUAUUUAGCACCUUUGCAAAUUAUUCCUUCCUCUUUUUUUUUUUUUUUUUUUUAUUUUACUUUAAGUUUUCUCGUCUGCCCAGGACUUACAGAGGCGAGCACAAUCUUUUGAGUUUACUUUGGAAAUGUAUCAUCCCGAAAAAAUGCAAGAAACAAGCUGUCCGUUCACGCACACUCAAAUUAAACGUGUCAAAACCAGUAUUUCCUGGCGUUUCUUCCUAAAAUUAGCAAUGAAUUUUCAAACAGUUCGCAUCUAUGGCACUUAAGCUUUAAGCAUUUUGUUUUUCAUGCAUUUUAUGACCUUGAAAAUCUAUUAAAGGCUGCCUCGUUUUAGACCUAUGCUUUUUACGCCCUGAAAAAUCAAAACUCUACUCUGAACUUUUAAAAAUUGUUGUUUUUUCCAUUCAUACAUUCAUUAUCUUAAAGGUGCACGCUGUAACUUCUGUGACUGAGGGUCCACCACCUGCCGGUUUCCAUGGUUAUCGCCUUGCCUGCUAUGCUCCACUCUAUGGCAUUAAACUUGAAGACGUUACAAGUUACAGAUCGAAUUUAUGAAUGUCGUACGUGUGCAUUGAUUAAAUUGUAGACAGGUAAUGCCAUACUGUGAAACUUCAGAGGCCAACCAAUGAUAUCUCCAUGGAGACGAGCAGAUGGAAUUACGUAGUGCAUCUUUAAGGUAUUUUUUGCAUUGUGUUUUGCUGGUGUUUCUUUUCACUUGUGUACUAUCAGGCUUUGAAAAUGAUUGAAAACCAAACUGUAUCUUAGCGGUGUAUUCUGUGCAGAGUAUGCAUAAAGCUUGGUUAAUGAAGUAGCCCGACUAACAUUCUAGAGCGAUAUUCUGGUAGUUUUUCUAGUUUUAUCAAUGCACUUGUUAUAGUUUUUUUCAUGGUUUUAACAGGGUUUCAUUGUACCUGAUGCAAGUGGUUGACAGUCAUAUGGCGUUACACAAUGAGAAGGAUAUACACUUGAAUACCUUGCUUACUAAUAAUCUAGUUUGGAAUUUAGUUUUGCAAUUUUUUUUUUGUUUAAACAGUAUUUCGAUAUUGUAAGCUCAGUACAAUUCAGUCAGUGCAAACUCAAAAGACUCGAUCAGAGCCAAAACUAGACUUAAAGGUACACCAUGUAACUUUAUUUUGAUGUUCGUCGCUAUAUAUGUUAUUGCUUUGUCUGGAAUGUUACGCAGUAUAGCUUUAAACAUGUCUAUCGGUCAAGGAUGUCACAAUAACCGAAAUAUCGUGAUAUCGUGUCGUCAAAGUUCUCACCAUAACAUCGUGGGCCAUCACAAAAUAUGGCGAAUUACGAGUCUCUUUGCUUAAAUUAAGAGUUAUGGUGCAGCAAAAACAAAAAAAAGACAGAGGGAACUACAUAGACCAUGAUCCUUUGCAUCAUUUCAGAGCAGACUACAUGAAGAAAUAACAGUUCUAAGCACUUUUAAGUUUUAGUUCUUUGGAUUAAGUCUUGUCAACGCAUUUUAAGAGGAAAAAGUAGUGCAAUUUUGUUAGCCUCCACAAAAUAUCGCAAUAAAUAUCAUACCAUGAUCGGUAUCGUACUUGGAUAUCGUUACACCUAUUACUACUAUUUGGCAUUAUUAUUAUUUAUUGUUUUUAAAAAUGUCUUGUAAACAUGCUUUCUUAAACGGGACUUGCCUCUCCACAGAUUUGACCGAUAGAACAAAUUAAUCUCAUACUGUGGAACAUUCCAGAUUAAGUGGUAACAUAUCCACGGAGACAGACUGCUGAUUGACCCUCACCUGAAAAGUUACAGAGUGUUCCUUUAAAAAUGAAUUUAGUUCUUUAGUCACAUCCAUGAUCUAAAUAGAUGAAUGUAUCCAAUAAUAUUUAAAAACUAUAUAUGGUAAUUUUCCUGAACUCAAUAUUAAUGCAACUACUUGUGGACAUUGUGUGAACUGCAGCCAUUUCCAUUCUGUCAUGAACUUGGAUGAGCAACAAUGUUCUUCAGUGUUUGUUUUUAUUUUUUAUUUUGAAAGUGUUUUUUCCGUGACCAUUUCUCCUCCAUGUUGUUAAAAAGCCAAAUUAUUCUGUCUAUGCAUCGUCUGAUUCCUGUUUUUGUCAAGUCAAUAAAGUAUUUAAACAGUA